AUGCUGUACAAUCGCCACUGCAAGGACCGGGAUGACCUGCAACGCCGGAUCCAAAAGCUUAAAGACGAAGGCAAGGACCCUAGCUUGCCCCAGCGGACAGACGUCGCACCACCUCAUCACCGCGGUCAACACUCGGCCAACGCUGGGUUCUCGAAUGCUCAGAACCCAAUAAUGUCAUCUGGGGGAAGUUCCUCAGCUUCCCAUCAUCAAACAUACCCUCGUCCAAUGUCAGACUCACAUAACACAGUGGACGAGUCGUUCAUGGUCUUAGGUGGCCAGAGAUCGGAUCCAGGUGACGCAUUCAACCAAUUCUGGAAUGCCUUGCAGGGAAUGUUGGACAAUAUUUCCCAGCCUGUCGCAUUUGCCACGGCCCCUCUAAGCGACCUCGACAUCCCUAACGAUACCACUGCUCAGUCGGGCAGCGGCUCUCAAACCCCACCGCAAAACCCCCAUGUAUAUGGAGGUAUUGGUCUGCGCAGGGACAACAGUGCUUCUCGUCUAGACUCCUUGACGUCGAGGAGUAACCACGACGAGAACUAUCUCUCAAAAUGGACGAAGAGGAUGGGUAUUGGUAGACAGGGAAGCGCGGCGUCUACUUCGUCAACUGUGAAAGAUGGAUUCGAUGACGAUGAAUUCGAUGAUGAAUUCCUUGAAGAAGGGGACGAUUUGUCGGGGUCCUUCUUUCUUAUACCUUCGGGUUCGGAAGCAUCCCCAGCAGCUCUUCGAAAGGAAAAUGCAAGUCUCAAGGCAGAGCUCGCAGCAACUCAAGAACGAUUAAAAGCAGCUGAACACAUGCUCAAACUGCGGAAGGAACAGGACAUGCAGCUGCGCAACAGUAUCUUUGAGGCUCAAAGGGUAAUGAGCGCCUCAGGGAUGCUUCCCCGGCCCAACAGCGAUAUGAGCCUUCUCAACUUUGGGAAACACCCUGCAGUACCGAUCCCAUCACUCAAACCCAACCGGGAAGCCCAGUACACAAAACGAAUCAAAGAACUCGAGGAAGAGUUACGUGCUAUGCGUGCUGAGAACGAGAAGAAUAAACUGAUGAUUGUGAAGUUCCGAGAGAGAUGGGAAAAACUGAAGGAAUCUGCGAAGAGGAAAAAGGAAGCAAAAGCCUCUGCGGAGAGUGGAAAUGCCCAUUCGAAUGUCCGGGGCCAGAAGAUUGUCGAGGAGCCUGAGGCUGAAGAGGCAUUGGAUGGUACCAAUGGUUAG